AGACACAUAUCAUGGUCAAAUCUCUGUCGAACAGACAGCGAACACUUGCGUAUUUGCCGCCUCCCUCUUGACGACGCAGACUACAGCAGCUAACAAUACUUCAACAUGAUGAACGGGGAUUCUAAAGUCUCCGCGCCUCCCUCUUCCUUCGUCUCAACGACCCAGCUGGUCUUCGACAAGAUCCCCAUCGUCGACUGGGCCUUGUCCGAGUCUGACCCUGCCACAUUCUACGAACAGCUUCGCACCGCAUUCGAGGACGUCGGCUUCGGCGUCUUCAUCAACAUCCCUGGAUUCGAAGAGGAGUUCCAGCAGAAGAUCUUCGCGUAUUCCGAACAGUUUUACAGCAAGCCACAGGCAUGGAAGGACGCUAUUUCGACUGAAAAGUCGAAGGCUAUGCGGGGCUACUUCCGCGGUGAGGAUGUCGAAGAAGAUAACAAGUCAUUCGCUGAAGGGUACCGGUUCGGAACUGACGUCCCAGAGCCUGUGGCGCAAGGAGACGAAGAGAUUCCAUUCUGGCGCACAUUGCAAGAAGGCCCCAACCAAUGGCCCCCGGAGGCCGACAUACCGGGCUUCCGGUCGGCCAUCGAGACACUGUUCGAACGCUACAUCGCGCUCAACCUGAGCCUUAACAAGCACAUCUGCACCCUUCUCGACAUCCCCGAAUCUGCAAUUAGCGACUAUUACACGGAGGAGCCUAACGGGACGGCUGCGAUCUGGCGCUACCUGCCGCUCACGCCCGAGAGGCGCGCGACGGCCAAGAACGGGUUCGUCAAUGGAAUGCACGAGCACCGUGACCCGUCGACGAUGAUCACCUGCCUGAUCCAGUCGCGCCCCGGCCUGCAGGUCCAAAAUCACGCUGGGGAGUGGAUCGACGUCCCUAUGGUCAAGGGCGGUGUCGUCUGCAACACCGGUAUGCAGCUGAUGAGGCUGACUGGCGGGAAGAUCGUUGCGACAACCCACCGCGUCAACACCAUGAAGAUCGACAAGGACCGCUACACUGUCCCGUACGCGUUCUCCACUCGUCUCGAGAAGCCUGUGCUGCCACUGCCGAAGUUCGCCGGCAGAAACGCAGCCAAGGAUCAUGUUCCUCCGAGCCCCCAGAUCUUGAAGCUGCACACCAUCGAGGACCCGUUAAUCCGCAGCGGCUACGCUCGUCUGACGCUGUUCCCGGCCGCUGCGGCGAAACUGUACCCGAAGGAGUGGGCUGAGGCUAAGGAGAUGGGUAUCCUCUAAGUAUUGUUAUCUCUUUGUCUUAUCCCCUGGAUUCAUAUCUCCGUCUACUUCGCCUCCAGUGUACUGUCUUGCGAAAUAUGUGUACAACAUGGUUUGACGUGUCCGCGACCAGUCGGUCAGAUCUUGUUCGACACUCGCCGGUUCAACCCGGAUGAGACCUUGUUCGCUUUUCAUGUACUAUUAUCUGGCUCUGUGACAGAUCGGUGUUUGGCCGGGUCGCAGCCUCAUAGUCGAGGCUGGACUUGGGGAAUCUCAUCUCUUUUCUCCCCUCAACCCUCACUGCCGCGCAUUGUGAACAAGACUUGGAGUAUCUGAGUACACAUUGGAUUAGAUCGUAUCGCACGAAGUGAUGUGCGAAAUU